AUGUACUUUACCAACAGCGUUCUCGCUCUCGCCGCCCUCGCCGGGUCCGUGUCGGCACACACCCUCAUGAACAGCGUCGAAGUCAACGGCCAAGAUCAAGGAGAAGGCAAGAGCACCUACAUCCGAUCGCCGCCCAACAACAACCCGGUCAAGGACCUCACCAGCCCGGACCUCGCCUGCAACGUCAACGGCGGCAAACCCGUCAGCGACUUCGUCAAAGCCGCCGCGGGCGACACCCUGGCCUUUGUGUGGAUGCACAACAAGCCCGACGACGACAUCAUCGCCGAGUCGCACAAGGGCCCUGUCAUCACCUACAUCGCGCCCUACACUGACGACGCUGGUGCAGAGGCUGUCUGGACCAAGAUCGCCGAGGACGGCUUCGACGGGCAGCAGUGGGCCGUCGACCGCCUCAUCGCCAACAAGGGCAAGGCCGAGUUCAAGCUGCCCCAGUCGCUCAAGGCCGGCAAGUACCUCGUCCGGCAGGAGGUCAUCGGCCUGCACGAGGCCAACGAUGCCUACACCGACGACUCAGCGCGCGGCGCGCAGUUCUACCCCAGCUGUGUGCAGGUCGAGGUCUCAGGCUCCGGCGACGCGGUACCCAACCAGGACUUCGACUUCAACAAGGGCUACACCUACCAAGACCCCGGUAUUGUCUUUGACAUUUACGCCAAGAACAAGACUCUUGACUACAAGAUUCCUGGCCCCGAUGUCUGGAGUGCUGCUGCUGGCAAUGCGAAGAGGUCGCUGCGCAUCAAGGGCCGCGUUGCUGGUCAGGUCUAG